AUGAAAGUGUUUGUCGUACUCGCCAUCAUUGCGGUAGCCGCGGCUGCUCCCCAAAACCCACAGGACGUCCAGAUCCUACGUUAUGAAAGCAAUAACGCUGGGCUCGAUGCUUACAACUUCGCAUGGGAACUUUCCGACGGAAGCUUACACGAAGAGCAAGGUCAACUGAAGAACCAGGGAACUGAAAAUGAGGGUAUUGCGGUUCAGGGAAGAUACGCUUGGGUCGGACCUGACGGCGUGAACUAUAUCAUCACUUACAUUGCUGAUGAAAAUGGAUUCCAGCCAACGAUACAACAAGGUCCAGGAGGCGCGAUCCCUUCAGCUGUCGUCGCUUCGCUUUUAGGUUAA